AUGGAAGAGAGUGGAGGGACACGGAGGAGAGGAAGGGCGAAAGGGGAGGGGAGGGGAGGGAAGGGUAGAGAAAGAGAGGAAGGAAAAGGGGAGGGAAGGGUAGGAGAUGAGAUGGGUGGGGAAGAAGACCACCACACCCAAAGAGGGGCGACGGCUGGAGCUAAGUUCCUAAGGCUUUUUUUAGAGAGAAUUCCUUAG